AAAAGAGGUUGGGAGCAGUCUUACUUAACUCUCCAAAAUAUCGCAAAGUGAAUAGUUAUAGUUACAAAGAGGAGUAUUCGAUAGAUGCGAAGUUUAAAUGGUGAUUGUGAAUGAAUUAGGGAUAAAUUGAUUAUAAAGGACUGGUAACAGAGCGAUGACAGCGUGUGUUGACUGUGACUGUGAACUAACCUCAGCGUGCAGACAUAACAUGUGCAGUGCUUAUACACUCGGAAAUCAAAUCAAAGAGAACUGUUACAUCAAAUAGAACUUUUAAGAAUUAUAUAACUGACGUGCAUAUGUAGCGGUAAUGUGAAAGUCUUUGGAAAACAAUGGAUAAAAAUCGGCGAUAUGGUGAUCAUACACCAUGGAGAAUGAGUGGCAUACCAGCAAUGUUGUUGGGGCUGGUGGAGGAGCUGGUGCAGGAUUUUGGAGAAAGUGCCUGGGUGAUUUUGCAGGCGGUGGGCCUUGGUCCACUACUGGUCAGACUGAGGGAUGAGGUGCGGACAUCAUCAAGAAGAUCACGCAGAAAAUCCUUUGUGCGGAUUGUUGGCUCGGUUUUACCAUUGAAGCCCGUGGAGAGACCGUAUCUAAGGUUUGUUGCCCUGCGAAGUUUGAGCCAGUCCUGCGACUCCUUGUACUCAGGCCAUACCCAGGGUACCAUCGACCCAAAAUGGCUGGCAGACACCGAGCGCUCGAGGUUUAGGCCAAUAAUCUCAAGAUGCGAGACAGCCCCAGACCUGUUUGCCUUUGAACAAGCAGAGAGAGAGCACCUCAACGGCGAGUCAUCACCACGCUCUUCAACACCCUUCAGCAUCACUUCGGACCUGGGAGUAUGCAGAAAUCAUUAUCCCUCCGAUGCAGCUCCCAAUGCUCAGAUGCACCAUUCCUCUUUUCAACAUUCCACCAUACACGCAGCAUCACCAUUUACGGAUCCGGCAGCCAUAGCUAAAAUAUCAGCCCUGGAGGAUGAGCUCGCAAAACUACGCGUACAGAUAUCCAGUAUCCUAAGUCAGAGCCAGAGGCCACUUACUCCACCUUCAACUCCUAUCCCAGGUGACCGACCAGGGUCUCCUGUCAAUUCUUCAGCACCUCCUCCUCCACCUCCUCCUCCACCACCCCCACCUCCUCCACUUCCUCCAUUAGGACCCCCUCCCCCUCCACCACCACCACUACCAGGCAACCAGAGUUUCAAUUCCCAAGGUGACACUCCUGUGCGUAAGCUAUCCUUUGCAGAGCUUAUUGCACAGAACAAAGGCAGCAUCAACAAACACACAGAACCUAUGGAUAUUCCUGUUAAUCAGAGCAGCAAUUCUGGGGCAGUGUCCAUGGCAGAUGUUCUUAAAGGCCUGAACAAAGUUAAAUUAAAACGUGUAGCAAGAUCACCUGGCGGAACACCAAUACGGGAUAGGGCAAAGUCCCCAGUUGCAGGUGACCCAGCAGCUAUUAUUGCAGCAGCCUUAAAGAAACGCUUUGCCAAGAUGCAUGUUGAUUCACCCGAAAAGGACGCAGAUGAGAAAAAUGAUUUUGAUUCGUCUCCAGAAUCAACACCGAAAACUUCCCGCAAAGUGAUUCUGCCUAAGCAAAAUUUAACAAGAUCAGAUAAACCUGUACGUAAUUUAUUACCAAUCUUGAAGAAGCCAACACCUAGAACUCCUAAAGAAGGAAACUCCCCUAAACCAGAAACACAAAAUUUGUUACCUGUUUUGAAGAAGUCUAACCCUAGAACCCCCAAACCUUUACCAAAAGAAGAGCAGAAUUCCUUACCUAUUUUUGGGCAGCAUCUCCUGAAAAAGAGAAGUCCACGACCAAUGGAGAAAAGAGACAGUGUGAGUCCAUCCAGUGAAGCCUCGGACCUUUCGCGGUGAUAGUAGGAAAACGUCAGCCUUGUCGUGGGCUGUGGAGACCAUUUCCUGUGGCCUAGAAUCUUCGCCAAAAUUUCCGUGGGUGUUUUCACUACCCCACCCGUAUUUUGGCCUUGGUAUGCUGCCGUUUAAUUCAAGUUUGGUGUAAGGAAGUUUUAGAUGGUGAUGUGUGUAUAUAUAUACAUAUAUAUAUAUACAAGAACACAUGUACACACACAUAUACAUAUGACUACAUUAGUACACAUAUAUUUAUCUUGAAAUUAUCAUUAGCAGUAACAUUAACAAUGACAUUAUUUAUAUGCAUAAUGUGUAUUGUUAUAACAUUCCACUCUGGGUCAUCUGAAAAUAUCCCAAAUUGAUAAACAUUUUCAUUCCUUUUCCUUCCAACUUGAACUUAUUUUAAAUGUAAGUACAUAAUGAGUCAGUGCUAAUAGUCCCAGGGCUGUGAAUUCAUUAUCAAAAUGAACUUCAUAACCAGUGCAAGUAACAGGGCAUGGAAUCACUGCCUUUUAUUACAUACCUUUUGGCAUGAAGUCAUGGGUUGUCAUUGUCAUGGUUUGCAUGGCCCAUGUUGUCUCUUCCAAACUUCUCACACACGUGCUUUGUGUCAUGCACAUAUGUUAAUGAAUGUGUGUUGUCUCAAACACAUGUCAUUUUUAGCCCUUGAAUGGUAUUUAGUCAUUUCAUACUUUGGUUGCAAUAGAUGUGUUGUUUACUUUGCUCAAAUAACUAGCAAUCUAAGAUGGGUUUUGCUCACAUCUGUUGUGUCCACUCUUUAUGACUUCACAACAUUAAAUUCUGUCUCUGUCUUAUGUCUUCACUUCUCCACUCAUCUUAUUGUAUUCUAUGCUCUACCUCUCCAAGUUCCCUAUUAAAGGAAUAUUCUUGGAUUUCUGUACUUAUUGCCAGUGUCUGAGGGAAUUGUGGGUUGUUGACAACACAGGCCAGUAUACGCCAGAGGAAUGACUCUUGCCAGGUUGAUCAACAAGGAGCUGUGAGGUUGUCUUCUGUAAGAAUACUGCUGUAGCAUCAUGUAAAGGCUUUAUGACUGUUGUUUUCUUUGACAUGUUCUGUGUUAUCUCGUGGACAUCUUGAGAUGGCUGUCUUUAAAUCUGUACUACAUUAGCCUGUCAUUUCAUCAAAAGUGCAACCAAAGUUUCCAGCUUUGCUAUAAUAAGUGCCAAAAAUAGAAAGUCAAAUGUAAAGUCAGCUUUGUAUGUGUAAAUAUAAUACGUUGUAGGAAUGCAAUGAAUGUUUGUAUUCUUUCUAUGUACAUUCCCAGUCUAAAAAACAGAAUGACUCUGUUUUCCAUCAUGAAUGCCUUAUGGAUAGCUAGGGAACUGCCUUUCAUUAUUGUAGAAGCAAAAGACAGAGUAAAGGCAGGAUAUUGCUUUGAGUCGAUAAGUACGGUUUACUUAUGCAGCAAUACAUAUCCGUUUUUCUGUCCCAUGAUCGUAAUUGUUAUGGUGACUGUCACUGGUAAUCCUGCCAAUAUGUUAUUCAUAAAUGAUUUUGUAUGCAUUUACUUCCAGUAUUUAUUUAUUGCCUGUCCUAAUGAUAGUUCCUUUAAUGUGAUUAUUACAGCAGAUGUGAUUAUCAUUAUUGUCAUUAUUAUUUCAUUACUGUUCUUUUUAAUAUCAGUUAUUAUUAAUAUUAAUUAAUAAUGAUUAUGAUUGUCAGCAAUUCUUAUCUGGUGGUUUGUAAUAUACUAAUUAGUUUUAACAUUAGGUAAAAGGUGAUUGAUGGACAUGCACAGACUAAAUAGUGAGAUUAGUAAAUAUUUUGUAAUGCGAGCUGUGAGAAAUCAUUACCAGAGUCAUCGUUAUUUGAAAAUCAGCAAAAUUAUUAUAUUUCAAUCUUCCAUCACUUUCCACAAUUUGCAGCUUCUCUGACCAUGUUAAGGGUUAGAGAAUAGGUUGCAGCUUGAACACUAAAGGCAGUCAAAGCUACUUCAAAACAAGUGCUCUAUAUUUUGGUUAGUUACAUUGAGUUAUUUUUGUUUGCUUGUUUGAUAGUGUGCAGUAGUUGUGCAUUUUCUUUUCUUUCUUUUUUCUUCACUGCACUUAUUUUUUUAUUUGGAAUAUGAAGCUAGGAUGUUUGCAUUAUUAUCUAAGGUUAAAGACCUUAGUGUGAUCUUUUGUAAGUAUCGGUAAAGCAUUUACUGACGGUGAAUAGCACAAAUUUGUUAAACUGGUCAAAUUUCUCUGUUUUGUUACAUUGAAAGUUCAUAUCUUAUGAUUGUAUAACUUUUCCACUAUUUUAGGUGACUUGGAAUUAGAAAGGGAGUAAUUGGAAAGUAGAACAAGGGGAAUAAAUGGGCAAAAUUCUUUGUUGUGUCUGUGAUGUAAUCCACAGAAAUGGACACUUGAGAAGGACUAUAUUUUUAUAUAACAAGUAGCUUUUCUGUAGUGCUGUUCUGUGAUGGAGGAAACAUAUCAGUCUUGGCACAAAGAAUAAUUUGAAAGUAGACUAGUUUCAUACAGAAUGUGUGCAUCAUACAUCAGGAUUAUGGAAGAUACUGAUUUUGUGAAGUAUUUUGGAAAAGAUUGGUAUUUAUUAGGAGAUACAUAGAGUACUGAAUACAAACUAGGAGAAUAGUAUUUUGUAAUACUCUCUAUUUUAUAUAUUCAAUAGCAAUGAUAUAAAGGUAGAAUUGGAUAAGAAGGUGCUUAAAUAACAAACUCAUGAACUGAAGGUAAUUCAGAAAACCCUGACUAUGCAGUAUACACAUGUAAAUCUCAUAGUGCUCCACAGAUGCACAAAAUGUAUGUUACGUUAUGUAUUUAUGCAUAUGAGAAUUUUGAAAGUGGUAUCAUUUCUGACACUUCUUUUCCUUUCUCACUCUUCCUUCCUCGCCAUUUUUAACCUACUGUUAUUCUAUGAAUGAAGCCAGUGUCAAAGUUAUUCAAAGAAAGAGUGGUUUAUAAUCUGUGAGUAUCAUUGAUAGUUAUAAAGUUGCAAAGGCAGAGUUGCCUUUGUAUUUUUAAGAGGAACCGUUUUAGAAGAAAGUUGUCAGCCAUUGAGGUUGAAAAAAUAAUUUCACUUUUGUUGAAAUACUGCUGCUUUACCAAGAUAGAAUUGCCUUUAUCUCUCAAGUGCUAAGGUUUGUCAAAUUUGCUUUGUAAUGCAAACAAGAACCCUUAUAAUCAUAUGUUUUUGCUGAGCAUUUUUAUUGUGUAUUUAUAUGAUAUCUGGUGCCUUGUAAUGUGAUGCAUUAUCUGUAGUCAAUAUUACAAAUAUUUUUGUGAAUAUUGUAACUAUUUUGACAAAUAAAUA